GCAGACUGUUCCAGAAGGUCUGUUUCCGUACGACCGACCGUGACGUCGCGGCUCGCAAUUGGACGGCGCGCCUCCGCGACCGGGCGGGCCCCUCUCCCGUGUAUAUAGAGGCGGGCGCAGCGCCGCGCGCGCGCCAGUGGCGGCAUGGCGUACUACCGACGCAACACGCUGCGCUGCGAGUUCGCGGGCGGCGCCGACCGGCCGACGGAGCGCGACGUGCACCGCUGGGUGCGCACGCAGCUGCGCGUGCCCGACGCCGAGCUGAAGGCGCUGCAGCUGCACACCCAGCACGCCGUCGCCUUCCUCAAGCUGCGCUCGGACGCCGCCUUCCUGCAGCUGGCGGAGCGCCUCUGCGGCGGCGGCGGCGGCGCCGCGCUGCAGCUGCAGUCGGGCAAGCUGACGCCCGUGCGCGUCUCCGUGGCCGACGACGACGGCGGCGUCGAGGUGCGCGUCUUCGACGUGCCGCUCGAGGUGCCGGACGCCGAGUUCCGGCGCGCGCUGGCGCCCUACGGCAAGGUGCGCCACGUGCGGCGCGAGGUGUCGGCGCCCGGCUGCGAGUACCGCGUCGCGACGGGCGUGCGUUCCCUGCGGCUGGUGCCGCGCGACGGCGACGGCGCCGGCUGGGACCCGCCGCUGCAGCUGCCGGCGACGCUGGAGAUCGGCGGGCACCGGGGGGCGCUGCAGCUGAGCCGCGAGGCGUCGUGGUGCGCCACGUCGAGCCGCGAGGACGGCGCCUGCCGCGGCUGCGACGCCGGGUCGCCGGUGCGGCCGCCGCGCCGCUGCCCCAGGGACGUGGCGCUGGUGCGCGCCUUCCUGGCGCACAGCGGCGAGUGGCCGCCGCCCGAUGACGUCACGGGCGCCGCGCCCGCCGAGGACGCCUGCCACCUGGAACAGCGGCGCGCCGCAUAGCCGCACGGCCCACUCUGCCCCGCAGGGUGGGAUACCGAACGAGUCGCCGCGACCGGCGCUCACUUCUGUGCAAUCGUCCACAGCAGCGAAGAGGUCAGCAGAAGUGAUAGUCCAAUAUCAACCUGAGCCGUCUGUUCACCACACUCUUGCAGUAUCGUCUACGAUAUAACACCCGGCAUACCAGAGCGCGUUAACGGAAUGGAGGGGAAUAUCACUCUCGAAUGGCUCUGUGUUCACGUCAGACGCAACGUAACUUAUCUUAGCCCAUUACUGACAGGUGUAAGUGAGUAUAUGAUUAUCCAUCUGCAUUAUACAGUGUCUGAAUAUACACUACUGGCCGUUAAAAUUGCUACACCAAGAAGAAAUGCAGAUAAUAAAAGGGGAUUCAUUGGACAAAUA